UUAAGAAGCUUCGUGGAACGAUCCUCACCAGAGACAGGACCCCACAUAUUCAUUCAUAGAGAAAUCUGAGAUUUCAAUGAAAUACAUGUAUAUUUAUACUAUAUUUAUCAAAGCUUCUACUUUGGAAUGGAUUCGAUGACUAUGCUUGUCCGGCUUUGCUAGGAAUAGCGGCAGCGAGUUCUCGCAAUAGCUUCCCUAAAAUAAAGACCCACUUGCGAAGAGUACGGUGAAAUCUAAGUAUUGUACGCUGAUUGGGUUGGCUGUAGCAGAGGCAGAGAUUUCAGUUUCCAACUGAUAAGCUUAUGGUUUACAGCUACAAUAUCAUGCAGUCUUGUGCCUUCAUGGGCAUUGGAAGGCUCAUGUAAUUUUUAUGCAAAUAGAUGGAUUACAAGUUACAAAUGGUUGGAGUCCAAUCCAACCUUGAACAGAUGGGAUCUCUAGAUGAAAGGUCAACUCAUGAGUUUGAGGAUGAGAGUCUUUUUAGCCCAGAAGCAGGUGUUAAGAUGCAACCUAUCCACGCAGUUGAACAAGGAUUAUAUCCUGUAGGUCUGCUAGCUGCUAGAGGCAAUUCGUACACAAAUAUUGUCCGCAGGAGCAUAAAGACUGUAGUAUUCUCAAAUAAACUUAACUUGCUUAUGCCUUUUGGGCCUCUGGCAAUUUUAAUCUAUAAAUUAACCGGUCAUAAGGGCUGGGUAUUCUUUUUGACCUUAAUGGGGAUAACACCUCUCGCUGAGCGUUUAGGUUAUGCUACAGAGCAACUGGCUUUUUUCACUGGACCAACAGUUGGGGGUCUUCUAAAUGCCACAUUUGGAAAUGCUACAGAACUAAUUAUAUCAAUAUAUGCACUAAAAAACGGAAUGAUGCGCGUUGUUCAGCUCUCAUUACUUGGUUCAAUUUUGUCGAACAUGUUGCUGGUGCUUGGAUGUGCAUUCUUCUGUGGCGGGCUUGUGUUUUACAGAAAGGAACAAGUGUUUAGCAAGGCUACUGCUGUUGUGAACUCAGGAUUACUGUUGAUGGCAGUCAUGGGCCUCUUAUUUCCUGCUGUCCUUCAUUAUACACACACUGAGGUGCAUUUUGGGAAAUCAGAAUUAGCUCUUUCGAGAUUUAGCAGUUGUAUUAUGCUUUUGGCAUAUGCUGCUUAUCUCUUUUUCCAGUUAAAGAGUCAACAAGAUCUCUAUGUCCCUAUCAAUGAGGAAGGGAGCCCGAAUGGUGAGAGCUCUGAUGACGAUGAUGAGGUUCCAGAGAUUUCGAAAUGGGAAUCAAUUAUCUGGCUUUCAAUCAUGACCAUUUGGAUCUCCAUCCUAUCAGAAUAUUUAGUUAAUGCACUUGAGGGAGCAUCUGUUGCUUGGAAUAUGCCAAUUUCGUUUAUUAGUGUCAUCUUGCUGCCAAUAGUGGGGAACGCAGCAGAGCAUGCAAGCGCCAUUAUGUUCGCCAUGAAAGACAAGCUUGAUUUAUCUUUGGGAGUGGCAAUAGGUUCGUCAACACAGAUAUCUAUGUUUGGGAUUCCCUUUUGUGUGGUCGUUGGGUGGAUAAUGGGCCGUCCUAUGGACUUGAACUUUCAACUUUUUGAGACAGCAACUCUUUUCAUAACCGUCAUAGUCGUGGCUUUCUUUCUGCAGGAGGGAACUUCUAAUUACUUUAAAGGACUAAUGCUCAUUCUCUGCUAUCUGAUUGUGGGGGCAAGUUUCUUUGUGCAUGAAGAUCCUGAUGCGAGAGGCCGAACAUAGUCAAUGAAGAAGCAGUCAAUUCCGGACCCUAAAAGAAACCUAAAAAAAAUAUGAAAAGAGCAAGAGAAGCAGCCGAUUCAAGGUGGAUAGCUGAUUGCUUUCGUCCACGAUGCUUCUGUAUAUGUACCUGAUUUUUAAAACAAUCCAUAUUUUUCCCAUCUUUCACUGUGUGCCGGUUGAAGUUAUGUUAUUGAGCAGGUACCGUGCGGGUUUCUGUUAGAAACAAAGUUCAUGGUUAGUUUGGUUAGAAACGAAGUUCUAAAAAAAUUGUGUACAGUGCAGAAAAUUUUGAGAAUUCUCGCAUUAUUUCUUCAUAUAAGAUCAUUUUUAUGUUUCCUAUAA